ACAUAAUAUCUGACAUUUAGUUUUGAUAGAAAACAUUUGAGUGGCCCUUAUUGUUCAGUCUUUGAUCUUGCGGGGUAAAUUCCGGAAAUCGUUAUUCAUUGCACUAUUACCUCUCGAUGGGGGUAGACAAUUAUCAUUAAAUGAAAGAGAAAGAGGUCUAAUUAACUCGAAAAACACUUGUUGCUGACGUUCACGGGGGAGAUGACGCUGAAUCUCAAGUUCUCUGCAGCUCGUAGGACGCGGAUGUGAUGUCAUCACGGACAGUGGCUAUGGCGGUCUCCAUAACGACGCCUCGUGCUGCAGUGACGCCAGCCCCGCUCGUGGUGAGGGGGCGUGACUCAGCCAAUGCCCGGGCCCCCCCGCCCCAUUCCCCUCCUUCCCCCGACCGUGUGGGCGGCCCCGUGCGGCAGCAGCGAGCGAAACACGACACCCAAGAGAGAAAGAGAGAGAGAGAGAGAGAGAGAUAGAGAGAGAUGGGGGGGAGGAGACAGCGAGUAGUUUCAGACUAGGGAGAGUGGAGGAAGGAAAAAAAAGUCGGUGUGAAAGAGAGAAUGGGAAACUGACUGAUAUACUGCGAAUGGCGAGCCUCGGGAGAGCAGAUGACAAACUAACACAAGGAUAAAAUGUUGCGAAAAUCAUCAACUGGGCACAAGAGCGCGCAUAUGUAAGAGAGAGACGCUGAGUGCUGCUUUUCUGCCGUGUUGGGAUUGUAUCGAUCGCUCCCGGGACAGACGGGAAAGCGCUGUUUCGGAACUCCGCUGCACCCCGUCCCGUCGCGCCAGUGGAAGUAGUACUGAGCCGCUUUCCAAACUCAGCGCUGUCGGUCGGGGGCUUUGGAGGAUUCGUGUGAAGAGGCCAGACGGAGUAGAGCGGGAGCAACAAGAGUGCUGAACAUUGGACAAAAGUUUGGCCUUUUGGAGCGGGAGAGGCCGAGUCUCGCCACUGCUGAACUGACAACUUCACCCAGCUUGCUGUGUGUUAGGGGCAGAUAACUUUCACCAUGAAAACCCCGGGGGACUCGGGGUUUGCGUUCCCAGACUGGGCCUAUAAGCCUGAGUCCAGUCCUGGCUCCAGACAGAUCCAGCUGUGGCACUUUAUCCUAGAGCUGCUGAGGAAGGAAGAGUAUCAUGAUGUGAUUGCCUGGCAGGGGACUACGGGGAGUUUGUGAUCAAAGACCCUGAUGAGGUGGCCAGGCUGUGGGGCGCCCGCAAGUGCAAACCUCAGAUGAACUACGACAAACUCAGCAGAGCUCUCAGGUAUUAUUACAACAAGAGAAUUCUACAUAAAACUAAAGGAAAACGCUUCACCUACAAGUUUAAUUUCAACAAGCUGGUCCUGGUCAACUACCCUUUCAUUGACAUGGGGUCUGGAGGAGCGGCUGUUCCUCAGAGUGCUCCACCAGUUCCUACAGGUCCCCAUUUCCGUUUCCCUCCAUCCACUCCAUCAGACAUGCAGGUGUCCGAGGUGCUGCGUUCCCCCAGCAGCGAGGAGCUGCGCAGUCCUGGGAUGUUCAGUGGCCGCCGCAUCGCCCGUGGGUCUGUCUCCGACUGCAGCGAUGGAACUUCCGUCAACUCUGAGAUUGAAGAUGGGAACGGAGGUACGUCAGAGGAGAGAGUGACGGAAAGAGUGGGCGAGAGAGGAGGAGGAGGCGGUGGUUUUCGAGGUGCCGUUCACCCUCGUCUAUCUCACGAAGCUAUGUUCAGGAUGUACGGUGGACCAGGCGGUCACAGAGGUCAUCGAGUGUCAGAGGUCGGACACAGGGUUCAUCCUGAGCCUCUCUCACCAUUCACCGUUUCGCCUCUGCCUGGUCCAGGAGGGCCAGGCCUGUUGGCGCCACCUCUCUCACCAGCGCUCUCCAUGACCCCAGGCUCUCACCUGGCCUACACUCCCUCCCCUACCCUGUCGCCCAUGCCUGGCUCCAUCUUCAACUUUAACCCAGAGGACAUGCAGCGAUACCUGCAGGCUCACACCCAGAGCGUCUACAAUUACCACCUGAGCCCUCGUGCCUUCUUUCAUUACCCAAACAUAAUCGUUCCUCAGCCUCAGCGUCCUGAGAAAGGAAUGCCCGGACCCCAGGCCUGUGACCGCGGCCCUGCCGAGAGGCCUUCGGUGCUCAACAGCCAUCACUCCAGCCUCCCUCCGCCUCAUGCCCACCCUAUUCACCACCAUCUGGGGGAGGAGCAGCACCAUUCUCCCUUCAAGUUCAAGCUCCAGCCUCCCCCACUGGGCCGAAAACAGCGCGACGGUCAGGGUCGACAGGGCUCGCUUUCCUCCACAUCUACAUCCGGUCUGGGCUCCUCAUUGUCAUUUGGCAGUGACCUCAGUUCAGCCAGUGGAUCAGGGCUGGUGUCCAACUCCUCCUCAACUGGCUCGCUAAACAGCGCUGGCUUGCCCAAGAUUAAGGUGGAGCCCAUAUCUGACAUUGAAUCAGAAGAGGAAGUGGAAGUGACUGACAUCAGCGAUGAAGAAGCUGAUGAAAGAGACGAAGAGUUUGGCGUUUUCCCUUCUCACUACCAUAAACAUCAUCAUCACCAUCACCAUCAGCAUUAUCCUCACAGCCAAAAGCACCAACAGCCCAAUGGUACCAAUGCCGGUCUCCACCCAGAUGAGGACUUGGAGGAAGAGGUAUUCAAAGCUCCCGCCCCUCCACCCUUCUUCGUCCCUCCCACCUCCUCCUCAGGUGAUGUUCGCCGCGGUAUCCCCGUUGUGAAGAGCGAACCCGUAGAGCCUGCGGACAUGCAGCUGGCAUCCGGCGGACUGCCACAAAUGCAUUCCCAGUGUAUCCCACUGAAGCUCCGGUUCAAACGGCGCUGGGACCAGGACCAGCACAUGGAAGAGGCGGAAGACAAGAAAGUGAGAGGAGAAGAGAGGGGGAGAGAGAGGAACGGGAUGGUGGAGGAGAGUGGGAGUGGAAGUGGGAGCGGAGAAGGAGAAAGCCCACCUCCUCUCGCUCAUCACAGAGUUAGCGCCGAGCUCCACCGAGCCACGGCACAGCUGUCACUGGAGAACAAGGACUGCUGAUACGCAUCGACACACAUAGACGACUGCUGAUACACAACUCUACAACUGCUGAUGGACCCACACUCAAACGUGACUCUUUUUAGAUCAAUGACUGCUGAUACUGACAACAGUAAUACUGACACUGACACAUACACUGCACACUUAGACUAACUGACCCUUGCUUAAUCGAAUCCCGCUCCCCGGGCUACCCUCGUUCCCCCGCCGCCCUCAACUUCAGCCGAGGGGCUCGCGUUCCAGUACAUCUCAGUGUGACCGUGAUGAUGAAUGAGUUCACCCACGUGCCCCAGCGACCCUCAGGAGUGAUGAACUUUGACCUUCGGCACUAGAGAAUAUUUUAUAUUUUUAGAAGAGAAUUUUAUUUUGCAAAGUGCCUGUGAGCUAUCCCUCAAAACCCCACAAAGAGAUGGGCAUCAGAAAGACUGGUCUGGUUUGAGGGACUUGAUCUUCAUCUCCAGCAGCCCAGCAUUAUUUUCCUAUUUUCCUCAGUGACAGACUGCGAUCAGUCUCAAUGUGAUGUGUGGUGGGAUACAAAUGCACAGAAAGUCACAAAUAGACACUGUUCAAAAACCAGCCUGGUCAGAAGUCCGAACCCUCAGGGACAAAACCCCCUCAACACGCACACAUACACUCAGACAUGAUCCCUUUCUCGUUCCCUGUAUGAAGCGCGUGUCCGAUUCGAGUGCGAAUGUGUGUGUGUUUUUGAAAUCUAGCUGUGUGUAAGUUCUCAGGAUAUCUCCCUCCUGUCCUUUUCUAUCUAAACCAGCUCACCUUAAAACUUUUGCGCUCUCUUCCAUUCUCUUUUUUUUCCCCUCUGGGACCAUACCUGAAUCACUUUCAUUCCGCUGGGACGAAAUGACUCGGGCGUAACAUGCGGUUCAGAGACCAUACUCUUAAAUCUCUUAAAUGGCUACUUUCUUAGUGUUUGAAAUGACAGUCUGGAGAAGAUACACAUUUAGAGAGUUUAUAACAAGCUUCCCUUGUAUAGUCAGUCCUUUAGUGUGAAUUAAACCAGCAUAUCUCACACACACACACACACACACACACACAAGCUUGUACAGUGAUUCACUAGGACUCAACUAUUUUGGCACUUGAUGUACCCAUUAAAACCAAGUGCCAAUCCUGUCCUGAUUUACUGUCCACAGUCCUUUAGCCACAUUACAACAGCCACAAACCCUUAUGAAAUCUUUCUGUGGACUGGGGGAGGUGAAAAAGCAAUCUAUAAUCCCAAACAUUUAAAUACUAACAUAAGUAUAGAAAAUAAGUAGAAGGCAUAUGGCCAGCACACACACACAAACACACACACAAACACACACACACACACAAACACUGCCUCUUAUGCCUUGUUUUAAUAGCAUGUCUGAAAAGGAAAAACAAAAAUCUUAAAAAAGAACAGUAUACACUCAAUAUACCUUAAUAUAUUAUGUGUUAAACAUACUAUAAACAGAAAGCAUAGCAUUAACUGAUGUAUCAAUUUCAGGGGGUUUUGUAACAGAUUUCGUUUCGAGGGGAAAGUUGACUCUUCUCCUCAGGGAUAAUGUUGCCGUUCGGGUAAGGGAGGAAAAUGUUGCUUUUCUUAUCACGUUAAUAAAAGGUAGGGUAGAGGGAGCAGAAGACUAAAUUGUACACAAGACUCUAACAAAGCACGAGAGCUUUUCACCACAGAUGAUGUGGCACAUUCGGUUCUUUAACCAGCAUGCACCUCCUCGACAUCCUGUUCUUACUGCCACAACUGAUGUGUGUGUGUGUGCGUGUGUGUGUGUUUGACAGAGGCUGUAGGUCUCUGUGCAUGUAUGUUACACCACACCCAAGGCUGUAAUUGUUUUGAAAUCUUGCAUCAUGAACCUCAUAAACCUGUGUGCACUAAAGCCAUGUGGAAGUUGAGCACAGGACGUGAGACGUCAACGGGGUGGCCAGUCGGACACUAGCCAUGAUAUAAUGGUUUUCCAGUGACAAGGAAGUAUUUGUAUCAUGUGUGAAGUGUCUCUGAUACCUAAAAUGAUACAUUAGACAAAUGGGACUGGCAAAGGUGUCACCUCCUCAAAGUUUUGAACUCUUUCUAGCUGCCUUACUCCCCCUUCAGCCAGUUUUGAUUAUGUUUAAGAUCUCCUCCUGCUUUCUUAUUCGAUGAGUCAAGUCUUUAAGUAGGGUGCACUUAUUUUACGCCCGACAUACCUCAUAACGUGAGAGGUGGAGCUCAUUUGAGAUGGGGUGAGCAGUAUUGACCAGUGCAGUCUGUAAACUUUUGUUUGGGCACAAAGUGAGUGCAUUGUUUUUUUGUUUUUGUUUUUUUAGGAGGGAAGAUAUUUGUUUUCUCUUAGGCUGCUGUCAUUGGUUAUCCCAAGAUGUCACUUUCUUUUUCUUUUUUUUUUGUAAGUCAAAUGAUUUGUUUUUCACCCAAACAGCUCCUGUUUAUUUGCUCUCUGACGUCAUUGUUGCUGUUUAUCCUAAUUAUUAUUAUUAUUAUUAGUUAUUAUUUUGUUGACAUUUUUUCCUCAUGUUUUAGUCAUGAUAACAUUGUAUACAAUACUGUAAGAGAUCCUUUUAAGAAUGUUUCCCAACCCCUGCCUUCCCACGAGCAACCCAACAGUGUGUUUAGUGUAACUUUUAAAAUUUUGUAAAUUAACGUAAAACUGUAACUUUAAUAUGGGUGGUUAUUGUGGAGAGAAAUAGGAUGGAGGAAGGGCAUUCGGGAGGAUCGGGCUUAUGAAUUGUACUCAAGUCAUGUCAUGUAAUUGUUAUUUUGUAGUGUUACUGAUUUCUUGCUCUUGUAAAUUUUUUUCAUCGGGGGAUUGUAUGAUUUUAAAAGAUAUAUUGUGUAUUGUUUUAUUGUGUAAAAGUCUCUAUCUCUCUCACUUUCUUUCUCGAAAUUAAUUUCUGUGGUUCCAUAAUUCAUAAUAACAGGUUUUAAUACCAUAAUGUAACAUUUUAAUUCCUCCUUUAUUCAUUUUUGUGUUCUUUUUUCAGAAUUGUAAUUAAAAUGUAAUCAGGGUCAAUUAAACUGGUUAAAAGCCA